AUGCAAAACCAAACCAUUGUAACUGAGUUCAUUCUCUUGGGGUUUUCACAGAAUCCAAAUGUUCAGAAAAUAAUAUUUACUCUAUUACUAUUUGGCUACCUUGCAACUGUUGGGGGCAAUUUGCUAGUGUUUGUGGUCAUCAUCUGUAGCCCAGCACUCAUGGCCUCCCCCAUGUACUUCUUUCUGGCUUUUCUGUCCUUCCUGGAUGCAUGUUUCUCCUCUGUCAUUGCCCCAAAGAUGAUUGUUGACUCCCUCUCUGAGAAGAAAAUCAUCUCUUUCGAGGGCUGCCUGACCCAACUCUUUGCUGAACACUUCUUUGCUGGAGUGGAGAUGAUUGUCCUUACUGCCAUGGCCUAUGACCGCUAUGUGGCUAUUUGCAAGCCCUUGCACUACCCAUUUAUUAUGAACUGGAGGUUCUGUGGCAUCCUGAUGGGGGUAGCAUGGACAGGAGGCUCUGUGCAUUCUGUGAUACAAAUCCUCUUUACUUUCCACCUGCCUUUCUGUGGUCCCAAUGUCAUCAAUCACUUCAUAUGUGAUAUUUACCCUUUGUUGGAGCUUGCCUGCACUGACAUUCAUGUCCUUGGUCUUUUUGUGAUUACCAAUAAUGGAUUCAUCUGCAUCAUAAACUUCGUCUUGUUGCUUAUCUCCUACUGCGUCAUCUUGCACUCACUGAGAUCUCAUAGCACUGAAGGUCGUCGCAAAGCUCUCUCCACAUGUGGGUCUCACAUUGCUGUUGUGGUUUUGUUCUUUGUUCCGUGCAUAAUUGAGUAUGCAAGACCUCCACAUGCUUCCCCCUUUGACAAGAUGGUGGCCAUAUUUUACACCAUCCUAACUCCUCUGCUCAAUCCUUUGAUUUACACUUUCAGGAAUAAAGAAGUGAAAAAUGCCAUGAGGAAGUUGUGGGACAGGUUGGUGAUGUGUUCUAAUGAGAAAUAA